UCUCAUUCUUCUGUUUUCUCUCCCUCUUUCUUUAUCUUGUCCGCAUCGCCAUGCGCCAAGUCUCGCAAAGAUGAUGCGAAUUGCCUCGACAGGAGUCCCAGUACGCUGGAAAUCUCCGAGGGCCUUCCCCGCGUAUACUUCUACGCCCAAUCCACGGCAGGCUUCGUCUAUUCAGUCGGGUCAUAUUAAUGUGAACAAGGGGGAAGGAUUGCUUUUUAUAAAUAACAUCUUCCCAUCCAGAUUACAAUGGCUGCUAGGAAACCCUCUCGAUGGAAGCUGGUCGUACGAGGAAGCAUUGAAACGGAUCAAUCGACCACAUUUCGCUGCAUCGGAGCCAAUUCAUAUCAUUCAACGAGCCUUGCCGGACAACCUACCACUGGAAAUCAAAGAGGUCAUCCCCCGUACGAAAGAAGGCGGUGCAUUCGUCAAAUUUUCACACAAGUCCAAUGCCAAGGAUAUUGAGAUCGAGGAUGCUAUCAAAGAGAACCUGCACCAGAAUCCAAUAAGACCCUGGUUUAAUCCUUUCCAAGGGGUUUAUGUUAGCCGGGUGCUGGGAAAGCCAUGGAUUGAGGAUCUCUAUCGUAUCCCCAGUCAGCGACUUAGGGUGGAGUUCUUGCCGACUUCGCCAGAAACUUCUGCGGCGGAAUUGACUAUUGAAAAUCUGUACUCUCUUCUUCGUCCAUAUGGAAAGUUGCAGGAGAUCGACCCUCAGCCGUCAGACUCGAAAACCAGCCCACGAUAUGCCCAUGUGGAGUUCUCUCGACUCCGAUACGCUGUCAUGGCGCGAAACUGUCUGCAUGGAUUCACGAUCCCGGAAGAGCACGGUGGUGGCAAGGCCGGGACUAAAUUCAAGAUAGUAUAUGAGCGAAAGAUCAAACUGUCCAUGAUUAAGGAUUGGAUCUUCAGUCAUCCGAGGAUUGUGAUCCCCGCCUUCGCAGCGUUGAUUGCAGCCAUCUCUGUGACAGUCUUUGAUCCUAUACGUACAUUCUUUAUAAAGAUAAAGAUUAAAGCCACGCUUCCGACGGAAGAGAAUGAAUUCUUGCACUGGGUCCGCCAACAGAUCAGUAAGGCGAACAUCAUAUAUUUCGGAAACCGGAGAGCCGAUCCUCGCGGCCUCAGUGCCAUUUGGGAAGACCGUCAAGGCGAUAUCUCACAGUUGCAAUCAUGGUUACAGGAAAAUGUCGAGACCUUUAUCGUCGUCCAUGGACCACGUGGCUCAGGGAAACGGGAACUUGUGCUAGACAACGUGCUGAAGGACUAUAAACACAAGGUCAUCAUCGACUGCAAGCAGAUCCAAGAUGCCCGAGGAGACACUGCAAAGAUUGCAAGAGCCGCCCAACAAGUUGGCUAUCGACCGGUCUUCUCAUGGAUGAACAGCAUCAGCAGCUUCAUCGACCUCGCAUCUCAGGGCAUGAUUGGUACCAAGGCAGGCCUUUCAGAGACAUUGGACAGCCAGCUCAGCAACAUUUGGCAGAGCACUGCUACUGCUUUGAGAAAAGUCGGUUUGGAAGCGAGAAAACUAGAUGACAAAGACGUUCAUCUGUCCGACGACGAGUACCUGGAGGCCCACCCCGAACAGCGCCCAGUCGUGAUUAUUGACAACUAUCUACACAACGCGGAAGAGAACAGCGUGGUGUACGACAAGAUCACCGAAUGGGCUGCCGGACUGACGACUGAGUAUAUCGCUCAUGUGAUCUUUUUGACAACAGAUGUAUCUUUCGCUAAACCUCUCAGUAAGGCUUUGCCUAACCAGGUACUGCGAGUCAUUCCCAUGGGCGACUGCUCGUUAGAUGUCGGAAGGAAGUUCGUCCUCAAUCUUCUGGCGUAUGAGUCGAGUCUGGAGUCUGACAGUGAGAAAAUAAAGACUGUAAAUAAUAUGGAGGACUUAGACAACUGCAUUGAGGUGUUGGGAGGUCGAGUAUCAGAUCUGGAAUUCAUGGCGCAUCGGAUUGAGGCGGGAGAAACCCCCAAAGCCGCUGUCAACCGUAUUAUCGAGCAAUCUGCUUCUGAAAUUCUAAAGAUUUUCAUCCUGGGCUCUGAGAAUCAGUCGCAGCACUGGACUCGCGAACAGGCCUGGCACUUGAUCAAAGCUCUCGGUCAUUCCAAGGACGGUACCUUGCCAUAUAACCAAGUACUUACGUCAGAUCUAUUCAAGGAGAACGGCGAAGCGAUCCUCCUCGCACUAGAACAAGCAGAACUCAUCGCGAUCAGUGCCACCAACGGGUUCCCCCACACUGUAAAGCCAGCGAAGCCAGUAUAUCGUACAGCAUUCAAGCGGGUUGCUGAGAACAAAGCAUUGAGCAGCCGUCUAGAUCUUUCAAUCCUGUCGCAACUGCUGAAGAAAGAGAACAGCUCCAUCACAAAGCACGAAGAAGAACUCGCUGUACUGGGUGCCCUGCCAAAACAGCCCCGAGAACUCCACCCGAGAAUUCACUGGCUUUUAGAAAAGAUCUAUAAGUCCCAGGACAAGAUUGGGCAAUAUGAGAAUGAUAGUGCAGUUCUCCAGAAAAACCUCAAGAGUGGGAACUGAUCUUAAUUUUUAUUUGUCCACGACUCAGGCGCCCCGGGAUGUUAGAAUUGAGUAGUUGUUUUUCUUCAUGAUAGUAAUUGAAACUUCAGUUGGUAACUUAUUUAUGAAGCAUAACUUUAUAUAAUCAACCUGC